AUGCAGAAGACCCAAUCCACGUGGUUGUUGUGGCGUUGGACUGGAACUCGAGGCGACACUCUGGAAAGUUUUUUAGAAUUUUGGGAGAAUCUUAGAACCCUAGAAUCUCAGAAUCUCAGAAUCUCAGAAUCUCAGAAUCUCAGAAUCUCAGAAUCUCAGAAUCUCAGAAUCUCAGAACCUCAGAAUCUCAGAAUCUCAGAAUCUCAGAAUCUCAGAAUCUCAGAAUCUCAGAAUCUCAGAAUCUCAGAAUCUCAAAAUCUCAGAAUCUCAGAAUCUCAGAAUCUUAGAAUCUCAGAAUCUCAGAAUCUCAGAAUCUCAGGAUCUCAGAAUCUCAGAAUCUCAGAAUCUCAGAAUCUCAGAACUUUCAAAAUUUUCCAAACUUCUUUCAGAAUCCUCAAAAUCAACAAAAUCCUAACCGAUUUGUGCACUGCCGUGUUGUUAUUUUCGAUAAUAAUCGGAGCAUUCGGAGAGUAG